CGACUGGACGGAACGCAGAUUGGCGUGGUUGCUAUGAGACCGUGGCAAACGCGCCGAGGAGACCGUUAGGUUAAGUCGCUACCUCGUUUACGUGGCGCGCGCCAGGGAGAGGCAGGUAAACUGGACGUUAGAGCGGACCUGGCGCGCGCCCCUAUGCUCAAAUAUGGGGGUGUCGUUCAAUGAGGCGCGCCCGACCCUGCAUUUUGUACAUUCCUCAGGACGGAGAGUCCUGAGGUGAUAAUAGUGUGGAUUGUGUAUCUUGAGCCUGCAAACGGAGGAAUCUCGAAAAAAAAUUAAGGGAAAGAAGAAAAAAUGGCAAGUAAUCACAAGCCUCCAACACCUCGUCCCUCUUCGAGAGCAAGAAUGGGGCUGGUAACCAGACCUUCAUCAUCCUCAUUACGGUCUCCUUCUGUAACCUUAUUGGGUGGUGGGAUCCCUUCAGGCCCAUCUAGAGCUGGUACACGUGGUGGAUCUGUAGGUACUGGAGCAGUGUUCUCCUCACAGAUUAAAGUUGCAGACCGUCCAGUGACUCAGCAAGGGCUAAGUGGAAUGAAAACAGGAAUGAAAGGUCCACAGAGACAAGUUAUGGAUAAAUCUUAUUUCCUUGGAGUGCUUAGAAGCAAAAUAAAUGAACUUACCCUGGAAAUUAACAAGCUUCAGAAAGAAAUUGACAUGUAUAACCAGGAGAAUUCUGUCUUUUUAGCAUAUGAAAAACGGGCAGAGUCUGUAGCUGCUGAGAUCAAAGAAUUUCAAGGACAGCUAGCAGACUACAAUAUGCUUGUAGAUAUGCUCAACACCAACACUGACAUGGAGGACGUCAUGAGCGACUACAACCUAUUGAAAGCACAAAAUGACCGUGAAGCUCAGGGCAUAGACAUCAUUUUCACAGAAAGACAAGCCAAAGAAAAAUUAAUCCAAUCUGUGGAAUAUGACAUCCAGCAGGAAAAUCAGGCAGCAGAAGACAUAAUCAAAAAUAUGACCGAAGAGGAUCAAGCUAAAUACGUGGAGAUGAAAGUGACAAAUGAAAAAAUCUUGCAGGAAUUAUAUGCUUUACAGCAAGAGCUGGAUGCAGUGAAUAUAGAAGAACAAGCGCUAGAAGCUGAAAUAGCACAUUCCCAGGUUAAGCAGGAAGCACUGCAGCUGUAUGAAAAGCUUCAUCAUCUUGAAGAACAGCGAGAGCAAAUGAUUGCAGAGGACAAAAGUAUGGGAUCCCCUCAGGAGGAGAGAGAGAGGUUAUUAAAACAGGUUAAAGAAGACAAUCAAGAAAUAGCAAGCAUGGAGAGACAGCUGACAGAUAUAAAAGAGAAGAUCAAUCAUCUUAACGAAGGAAUGCGACAGCUUGACAUGGACCUAGAGGAGCAUCAAGGUGAGAAAAAUUUGAAAUACAAGGAGUUGAAGAAAAAGGAGGAAAGCAUGGAUAACUUUCUUGAAUCAUUUGAAGACACGAGGAACCAGGAACUGGAAAGGAAAGCACAAAUAGAGGCCAAUAUUAUAGCACUGUUAGAGCACUCCAGCAGGAAUGUAAAUUGUAUGAAACAAAUAUCUUCUGUAACAAAUCAAGAGUUGAAGAUCAUGCAGGAAGACCUUACUUUCAAAUCCAGUGAAAUGCAGAAAUCUCAGAGUACUGCAAAAAACCUUAGUACAGAUAGUCAGCGUCUACAGAUGGAUCUCCAGAAAAUGGAAUUACUAGAAAGCAAGAUGAUUGAUGAACAGGCUUCUCUCAAGGAAAAAAUUGAACAAAUGACCAAGGAUUUAGAACUAUAUAAUAAUUUGCCAGCUCUAAAGGCAGCAGGAGAAGAAAAAAAGCAGAAACUGCAAGAAGAGAAAGAAACCUUAACAAAGCGCAGAGAUGCUUUCAAGAAAAUCAUGGAGCAUCGAAAUGCAGAAUACGAAGACUUGAAAUUGCAGCUGCAGGAAAAUGAAACACAUGCACAGCUUACAAAUUUGGAAAGGAAAUGGCAGCACCAUGAACAAAAUAACUUCGUGAUGAAAGAAUUUAUAGCUACAAAAAGUCAGGAGAGUGAUUACCUCCCCAGAAAGAAGAAUGUGACUAAACAGAUUGCAGAAUAUAAUAAAAUUCUCAUUGAAACUUUACAGAACACCAAGACCUGAAACUAGGCAAUACUUUCAAAGAUGGGAGGACCUAAGUGCUGCGGAAUGCAUAUUGUAGAAACUUCUGAUGCUUCCCCACAACACAGUAGAAGUAUGCAUAUUUCAGUAUGCUGGACAGUAAAACCCAUAAAUUUGGCUUUGACACAUUUAACUCUCCUCAGUGUGACCCUGUAUUCUAAGUUAAAUGCCCAAUGAAGACACCUUACCUUACAAUGUUUUGGCCUAGAUUAGUAAGCAGCAUGAGUUACAUUAAGCAAUAGUAGUAACAGAGGUAGCUGAGCCAGUGUCUUAUCUAAUGAGAAGACACUGGCAUACUCUUCAACAGCCAAAAAUGUUAUGUAUUUGUUUAUAUCCAUGUACAUUACCACACAAUCAAACUUCUGGAAGGUAAGAGUGAAUUGUAUGCAAAAUGUCCUAGAAUUGUUUAACAAGGGAUUACCAAAUAAAUGUA